AUGCUCCGUCCAUCAUCUUUUGCUGCUUCCUCUUUCUCCUCUCUUUCCUCCUCCAUCUCCUCAACAGCCCGAUUGACGCCAUUUCCAUCUCGGCUUCUCCUCCAGCGCCGCGCAGCCCCCUCAUCACAUCGGCACUCUUUCGCGUCUCCGCGGUAUACUCGCCGUCGACUCUAUUCUACCGAACCGAACCCUUCCGUUCAUCCGCAAACACCUCCUCCGCCUCCGCGAUCGCGAUUCCGCCGCUUCCUAGGCUUCACUUCGAUCGCAGUUCUUGCCUUUUCUGCCGGCCUUCUAUAUCAGACUCAACGUACCGUAUCACGACUCAUGGCGACCGCUAUUAUCUCCGACGCCGAGACCCUGACGGCCUUCGUGCCCGUGGAUGCUCAGGCCGAGGAAGUCAAUGAGUAUCUCCGCACACACCCCGAAGCCGAGAAGCUUCGCGCAGACCCCGAUUACCAGGAGUCGCGCCCGCAUCUUCGGUUCCCAGAGGGCAUGCGCGCGCGCAGUCUGACGGCCGGCGCUCUGUCGGGACCCAACAAGCUCGUCGUUCCCCCGUUCGUGUUCUCUCAGCGCGAGGGCAAGAAUCUGGCUUCGUUCAUGUACCUAGGCUCUGAUAUCUGCGGUCACCCCGGUAUCAUUCACGGUGGUAUGCUGGCUACGUUGUUGGACGAGGGUUUGGCUCGUUGCUGUUUCCCGGCGUUGCCGAACAAGGUCGGUGUUACCGCCAACUUGAACAUUGACUACCGGGCGCCGGCCAUGGCCAACUCUUACGUGGUUCUCCGGGCGGAGACUGUCAAGGUGGAGGGUCGGAAGGCGUGGGUUGAGGGUCGCAUUGAGACUCUCCCUGAAGACGGCAAGGAGCCCGUGGUGCUGGUCGAGGCCAAGGCACUGUUUAUCGAGCCUAAGCAGGCUGCUGCGCUGUCCGGCUUGUACCGUGGCGUCAGCGAUUGA